UGUUUAGGUUGUGGCUACCUGAGGCUUGUAUUGGUGGUAGGUAGAUGACGGCUGUCAACAAGCUCCGAUGAAUCUCAGGCUGUGCGAAGAGCACUGAACGGUGGAAGCUCGGUGAGGAAUAAGAAGAGGAACUACACGUAACAAGUGUUUGACAAAUGGUGAGGAGAAGAGCCUUGGCCCACUGCGGGCUGGUGCUGCUCAGUUGGUGGUUGUGCAUCCACUCAGUGCCUAUCAGUGUGGAGAAGGCCAAAGACAAGCCAGAGGUGGAGCAGCUGGAGCCACCGGAGAGCGCCGACACCGGUCUGCACUACGACCGCUACCUCAGGGAAGUCAUCGAGUACCUGGAGAAAGACCCCCACUUCAGAGAAAAGCUGAAAAACGCCAACAUGGAUGACAUCAAGCAAGGCAAGCUCUCCAAAGAGCUGGACUUUGUUCAACACAAUUUCCGAAGCAAACUGGACGAGCUGAAGAGGGAGGAGAUGAACCGGCUGCGGUUGCUAAUCAAAGCCAAACACGACCUCCGGGAGGGGAAUGGGAACACAAUGGACCACCAGGCCCUGCUGAAGCAGUUUGAGCACCUCAACCACAUGAACCCACACACUUUCGAGGUGGAGGACCUGGAUCGCCUCAUCCAAUCGGCAACAAAGGAUCUGGAAAACUACGACAAGGAGCGCCACGAUGAGUUCAAGCGCUAUGAGAUGAUGAAGGAGCAUGAGAGGAGGGAGCGCUUGAAAACGAUGAGCGAGGAAGACAGGAAGAAGGAGGAGCAGCACUACGAAGAGAUGAAGAAGAAGCAUGCCAAUCAUCCCAAAGUUAACCACCCUGUAAGACACCCACUUUGAACAUGGAUAUUUAACAGUACUUGCAACAUAAAGUACAAAGAAUCAAUCUGC